CUCCCGAUCCGGCUGAACUCGCCCCAUUGAACAACAUCACGUCUGCCGCACUCGUCCAUCGGUCCACAUUUCUGACAUCCUAGACGGCUGAGCCCGCCGCUGCAAAACCGCAAACAUGGCGGACGGCAUUCGAAAGGCCUUUGCUAGGGCCAAAAGCGAGGGCAGGCCGGCAUUGGUGACAUAUACCACCGCCGGCUAUCCCACAAUCGCUGAGACUCCAGACAUUCUGCUUUCCAUGGAAGCAGGCGGAGCAGAUGUGAUCGAACUCGGCACACCUUUCACAGACCCAAUCGCAGACGGACCAACCAUCCAGACGGCAAACACACAAGCAUUGGCAAAUGGCACCACGACAAAACACUGCCUUCAGAUCGUAAGAGAUGCGAGGAGUCGAGGCCUUUCAGCGCCGGUACUGUUGAUGGGAUACUACAAUCCUUUGCUUGCAUAUGGAGAAGAGCGCAUGCUUCAGGAUGCAAAGGCUGCAGGCGUCAAUGGCUUCAUCAUGGUUGAUCUUCCGCCAGAGGAGGCUGUUCGCUUUAGACAUCACUGCACAACCUACGGGCUCUCGUAUGUGCCAUUGAUCGCUCCCGCGACCAGUGAGAAGCGCAUGAAGUUGCUGUGUAGCAUUGCAGACUCCUUCAUCUACGUUGUGUCGAGAAUGGGUGUCACUGGUGCUACUGGUGCAUUGAGCAGUGGGCUGCCAGAUCUAUUGGAGCGAGUGCACAAGUACUCCAACGGCGCACCAGCGGCGGUAGGCUUCGGCGUGAGCACACGCGAGCACUUCGUCGAGGUUGGCAAGGUUUCGGAAGGUGUUGUGAUCGGUAGCCAGAUCAUCACCACGAUCAAGAACGCUGGCCCGAGCAAGGGCGCAAAGGCGGUGGAAGAGUACUGCUACUCGAUCACACAGCGAAGAAACUCCCGCUUAUCCCCGCCCACGAACGGCCACAGCAUAUCCACCGACGCCAACGUGAACGGCGAUGGCAGCGGUUGGAUCAACAAGACGAAUGGUGAAGCUCCAAAAGAGAUCUCGACCGCAGACCCAACAAAGCGACCAGCCAGUGAAAGCGACCCUUCGAAUGGCACUGUACAUGUCGACGGCGUUAUCAAGGAGUCUAAUGGACCAGGACUUGCCGAUCAGCUUGAAGCAUUGAACACCGAGACUAAGGAUCCGGAAUUGAUGCCAAAGAGGUUCGGCCAGUUCGGUGGUCAAUAUGUGCCAGAAUCGCUCAUGGACUGCUUGACUGAACUUGAAAAGGGCUUUGACGAUGCGCGCAACGAUCCGAAAUUCUGGGAGGAAUUCAGAUCAUACUACCCAUACAUGAGCAGACCGUCAACACUGCACAAAGCCGAGCGCGUGACAGAAUACGUUCGAAAGCACGCGAAAUCGGGCUUUGGAGCCAACGUAUAUCUGAAGCGCGAGGAUCUUAACCACACUGGAUCACACAAGAUCAACAAUGCCAUCGGCCAAAUACUCAUUGCACGGAGGUUAGGCAAGACUGAGAUCAUCGCGGAGACUGGCGCGGGUCAGCACGGUGUAGCCACUGCUACUGUCUGCGCACGAUUUGGCAUGAAGUGCACUGUCUACAUGGGAGCUGAAGACGUCCGAAGACAGGCUCUCAACGUUUUCCGCAUGAAGCUGUUGGGUGCAUCGGUCGUCGCUGUCGAGGCUGGCUCACGGACACUGCGAGACGCUGUCAAUGAGGCUCUGCGGAAAUGGGUAGAGAAGCUCGACACUACACACUACAUCAUCGGUUCUGCAAUUGGUCCUCAUCCUUUCCCAACUAUGGUGCGAACCUUCCAAAGCGUAAUUGGAAACGAGACGAAGGAACAGAUGCACGCGCUUACAGGCCGGCUACCCGAUGCUGUUGUCGCAUGUGUUGGCGGCGGCAGCAACGCAACCGGAAUGUUCUAUCCAUUCUCGCAGGAUCCUAGCGUCGAGCUCCUUGGUGUCGAAGCAGGCGGAGAUGGUGUGGACACACCCAAGCACAGCGCUACUCUUACUGGCGGCAAGCCCGGCGUUCUCCACGGCGUCCGAACAUAUAUCCUUCAAAGCGAAGAAGGUCAGAUACAAGACACCCAUUCCGUCUCAGCAGGUCUGGACUAUCCUGGUGUCGGACCGGAACUUUCAGGCUGGAAAGAUAGCUCUCGUGCCAAAUUCAUCGCUGCCACCGAUGCCGAAGCAUUCAUCGGCUUCAAGCUUCUUUCAGAACUCGAGGGCAUCAUCCCAGCGCUGGAGACUAGUCAUGCUGUCUACGGAGCUAUCGAGCUCGCCAAGACGAAGAAGCAAGAAGAGAACAUCGUGAUCUGUCUCUCGGGUAGAGGAGACAAGGAUGUUCAAUCUGUCGCCGAGGAGCUGCCCACCAUUGGGCCGAAGAUUGGUUGGGAUCUGAGGUUCUAG